GCGAUUUGCCCAUUGACGAAAAAGUCGAGAUCGAUCGUGUUCGCUGUUCCAUUUUUUUAUUUAUUAACAAUUUUCACUCCUUUCAUUUUUACCGUAAUACCUACGUUAAUUAUUAUUUUUUUUCGGACUGUUUAUACCCGAUUCACCUUAUCUAUUUGGCCGCCGUACGUGUGUUAGUUGAUUGACGAGAACGGAUGACGAAUCGCAUUUCAACGGAAUCGGCUGUUCGGGGGAGAAACGCGAAAUGCAAUAAACCAACGACGACCGACCGUGUAAUGAAUUCCGCUUGUGUCGUUAUCUAACGCGCUGGUGCAUUAGUGUACUCUAUUGAUUUCGGGACAAUGACGAAGAAGAUAAAACAUUGGAUCGCCGUUGAAAAUACCGCAAAUAAUUUGACAUGUGAAAAAUAUCACUCGUCAUACUUCUAUUUUUGAAAAAGAGUCCAACCUAGCAAGUCAGGAUGCCGGCUAUUCCACGACCUGGAAGCUUAAAAGACCCUGAAAUAGCUGAGCUAUUUGAUAAAGACGAUCCAGAUAAAAUAUUUGAGGAUUUGCGAGAAAUAGGCCAUGGAAGCUUCGGCGCCGUGUACUAUGCAAGAUGUGUGUCAACCAAAGAGAUCGUGGCCAUUAAAAAAAUGUCAUACUUGGGCAAGCAAAGUAUGGAAAAAUGGCAAGAUAUAUUAAAGGAAAUACGAUUCUUACAGCAUCUAAGCCAUCCAAACACGAUAGAGUACAAAGGCUGUUUUUUACGUGACCAUACUGCAUGGCUGGUAAUGGAGUAUUGUUUAGGUUCGGCUUCUGAUAUAAUUGAAGUUCAUAAAAGGCCGCUUAUGGAAGAAGAAAUUUCUGCAAUUUGCGACGGUGUUUUAAGAGGACUCAACUAUCUUCAUUCCUUGGGUCGUAUACAUCGAGAUGUUAAAGCCGGAAACAUUCUUCUAACAGAAAAUGGGACCGUAAAACUCGCCGAUUUUGGUUCGGCUAGCACAAAAUGUCCAGCUAAUAGUUUUGUUGGUACGCCGUACUGGAUGGCACCUGAAGUUAUAUUAGCUAUGGACGAAGGACAAUACGAUGGCAAAGUUGAUGUAUGGUCCUUAGGUAUAACAUGCAUUGAACUAGCCGAAAGAAAACCUCCAUACUUCAAUAUGAAUGCUAUGAGUGCUCUUUAUCAUAUAGCUCAAAAUGAUACACCCUCGCUUCAGUCAUCAGAAUGGACUGACACAUUUUGUCACUUUGUCGAAUUGUGUCUUCAAAAGAAUCCUUCCGAUCGGCCGUCUUCGACAAAGCUAUUAACACAUCAAUUUCUAGUUCGUCCAAGAUCACCUCACGUUCUUAUUGAUCUUAUUCAACGAACCAAAGCCGCUGUUCGAGAUUUGGAUAAUCUGAACUACAGGAAGAUGAAAAAAAUCCUGAUGAUCGAUUCAUUUGAAAGUGAGAGCACUGUAGGCGAUACCGACGACACGGCUGAUGAACAAACAGGAGGCGAGAGCAGCAAAAGUAACAGUAUAACUUCUGAGCAUUCAAUACAGUCAAUAGGUGUCAGCGCUUCAUCGCACAGCAGUUCCACUAAUAGUACGCCGAAUAUGAACGAAAUAACUAAUAUGAGCACAAAUGAUCAUUAUUCAACGGCUAGAAAUCGUCACAAACAAUCUAGUAAUAAUUCAAUUGUCUCAAACGACCAUCCACCUGUCGGUGCCCCGAAUAAUUUUGCUACGAUUCGAACAACAUCUAUAGUGACAAAACAACAAAAAGAACAUAUGCAAGAAGAAAUGCACGAACAAAUGUCGGGUUAUAAGAGAAUGAGAAAAGAACAUCAAAGUGCACUAUUAAAGCUUGAAGAUAGAUGUAAAUUAGAAAUGGAAAGUCAUAAACAGCUAUUAGAUAAAGAAUAUGAAACGCUGCUUCAACAGUUCAGCAAAGAAUUAGAAAAAUUGCAGAUUAAACAUCAACAGGAGUUAGAAAAAAAAAUGAAACAAAAUGUCGCUGCCGAAAAGAAAAUAAUGAAAGAAAUAACCAAUCGACAAGAGGCCGACCGUAAGGCGUUUGACGCACAAAGAAAAAAAGAAUAUAAAACAAAUAAAGAACGUUGGAAACGUGAAUUAUCACUAGACGAAUCGACGCCGAAACGACAGAGAGACGCUGCAUUACAAACUCAGAAAGAAAAUAUGAAACAAAUGGAGGCUCAAGAGGAACACAGACUUAUAAGAGGUCAAAAAGACUAUCUGGAACUCGAAAUUAGAAAAUUCCGUAGAAAAAGGCUGAAUCAGUUCCAUUUGUUUGAGCAAGGAUUACUUAGAGAAGAACUCGGUAAACGACAGCAGCAACUAGAAACUGCUCAUUCCAUGUUAUUGCGACAUCAUGAAGACACGAGAAACUUGGAAACAAGACAACAAAGAGCAGUUCAUGCGUUGCGUGCCGACCAAGUUACCAGACAACACGAAACUGAGCUACAACACCAGCAUGAUUAUUCGGCUCGUGCUCAUCGAGAUUUACGCAAAAGACAUGCAAUGCAAUUGCGCCAGCAACCUAAAAGUCUUAAACAAAAAGAAAUGCAAAUUCGUAAACAAUUUCGAGAAACUUGUAAGACUCAAACUAGACAGUACAAAGUACUUAAAGCUCAAGUUUUGGCAACAACAACCAAAGAAGAACAAAAAACUGUUAUUAAAAAAAUGAAAGAAGAACAACGACGAAAAUUAGCGUUAUUAGGAGAACAGUAUGAACAGAGUAUUUCUGAAAUGUUGCAAAAACAAUCCAUUCGUUUGGAUGAAUCCCAAGAAGUGGAAUGCCAUGUACUCAAAGAACGUUUGAGAUAUGAAUUGGAAAUUCUAAUAGCAUAUCAGUCUAAAAAUAAAAUGCAAGCUGAUGCGCAGAGAAACCGUGAGAAAAAAGAACUAGAAGAUCGUAUAUCAGUUCGGAGAUCAUUGCUAGAACAAAAGAUGGAAAUGGAAACUGCACAGUUUCUUCAAGAACGAGGAGAACGUAUUCGGCUUCUUCGAGAAAAGCAAGAACGUGAAUUAGAACAAUUUGAUGAAGAAUCCGCUCGUUUGGGUUUUAGUGCUCUAGCGAUCGCAGAAGCCUCGGCGCUGGAAGGGGACAGUUUAUCUGGCAGUGUGCUAAGUUUAGCGCGUAGCAAUAGUACUAACUCAUUUCCAGAUGGAAAUCUAUAGCUGACACGUAAUGUUGUAAAUAGUGAUAUUACCAUCAGCCUUUAUAACAGCUUUUUUUAAUGUUUACACAUAUCAAAAAUAGACAAAUUUUUGUUAAUUUUAAUUUUGUUCUACUUAAUUUUUUUUUUACCCAGUAUUAGAAUCCUCGAAAUAACAGAUUUGAACUUAACAUCAUUAUUAGAAAACAAAUUAAUAAAUAUAGUAUUGUUGUAUUAUAUCAUAACAUAUUUGUACAUUUUUUAUUAUUAUUAUUAUUAUUAUUAUUAUUACUACCACCACUAUUUACC